AUGCCGCAGACAACAUUUGGCUUCAGGCAGGCAGACGAAUACGACCACGACUGCGACCACGGUGACGACUGCGACUUCGACUACGGCUUCGACUACGACAGGACCGAUGCGCCCCGGGGGCCGGCAGCAUUGAUGGCUGUAAACAGGGCCGAGUCCGGGUCUGGCCCGAGAGCCCUGUUCCCCCAGGGACCCAGCUUAGAAGAGAAGGACUUCUCAACCAAGGAGUUUAUCGUGAGGGACUUUGUUGACGAGUUGGCCGAGAGCGCAAUUCCCGUGAACCGACGAUCCGCCCCAGCGACCCAGCCAGCGUUCGAUCCAAAACCCCUGAUCAGGACCUUCGAAAAUGCAUUGUCACAGUUGGGUGCGCUCACGGAGAAGCUGGAAGAGGAGGAAUCCGGGCUGCAGAGCGACGUGCGCCGAGCAGAAAUGCAGCACGAUCGCACCCUAGAGACGCUUGGUCGGAAACUAGACCAGUCUAUGGCCCAGUUCGAAGCACUCGACUCCACGCUGAACAGCUCCAACGGCAUCAACGGCCACGACAGGACAGCCCGAGGUGACAUAGGGGGAAAUGUAGCUGUGCAGAUCGGCGAGAGGCUGGAGGAGCUGGACCGGAAGCGUAGGAGGGCGCUGGACGCCAACUUCCUGAUUCAAUGCUGGAAUGAGGUCUCCGAGACUGGGCAGCUGGGCUCACUCGAGGAGAUGAAAAGGGUGGGCGGAGCCGAAAACAAAGUCCGGUGCGCCAACAUUGCGCGACAGCUCAUGCGCAUCAGCCAGAGGUUGGAUCCCACAUCUUGGGGGCAGACGAACGGAUACCGGCGGAACGGGAUCACGAAUGGCGUGACUGGCAUCAGCCGGAAGCAUAACACUCGCGAGGUACUGGAGAAGUUCUGCGAGGUUUUGGAACAGGACCUGCUCGAGCAGUUCAACAGGAGCUAUCGAUCUCAGAACUUCCCCGACAUGCUGCAGUGUGCCAAGGUCCUGUUUGAUUUCAACGGUGGUAACAGUGUUGUGGCCACCUUCGUGAACCAGCACGACUUUUUUAUCAACAGGAACCAGCUUCUGGCAGACGAGGUCACUGGUGACGAUGAGACGUGGGAGUUGCUCGCCGAUCCUGACAAGGAGCCUCCUGGAAUCGAGCAGAGCCUGCAAUCCCUGAUUGACGAAGUCAGGGUCGUCAUGCAAGAAGAGUCGUUCAUCAUCAAACAGGCCUUUCCAAUGGCGGAAACAGUUCUGAUCAAAUUCAUUCAACGAGUUUUUCAGCAGUCUGUUCAACAGCGGCUGGAGAUGGUGCUCGAAAAAGCGGAUUCCGUAUCGUCACUGGCAUUCCUGCGGUCACUGCACUCGGCAAGAACUUACAUCGGUCAACUCAUCGAGGACCUGAAGACCCACGGACUGAUCGAUAACCCGGAACCUUGCUCUGCGCAUAUCACAAACCCUGGACCAGCAGAUGGAGGAGCUUACACCAUUUUCCACUCCAGACGCAAAAAGGCCCCAAGUGGCUUCAUGGCGGCUAUAGCCCAGCAAGGCUCGCAACUAUUGGCAUCGGCCAAAGACGUCUACCUGGAACGUCUCGAAUCUUCCGACCUCACACCAACUCAAAAGGCAAUGAUGUUGCGGGUCGCUGGCGUUAAGGACAACAGCGAGAACAAGAACGAGAUUGAGGUUUCCGAGGAAGACGGCGCUAUCAGCGUUGAGGUGGCCCAAAGGAUGAUGCAGUGGCUCGCAGAGAGUGUUCGCAGGACGCUCGAGCUCGGCUCCUCGACCGAUACUGCAAGGGACGUCAACAGUCUACUGAGCCUCCUCCUCACCAGUAUGGGCCAGGUCUAUAUCGAGACAGCUCUGGACGCCGCGCUCGACGCUUCGUCUUCGCAGGAAAACUCAAAGGUCGAACCAGACAUAUCAUACUUGCCCAACAUACGGCCCGCCGUUACGAUCGCGAAUAUCAUGUCACGGUUCAUACACACUGUCAUGAUCAGGCUCGCGGAGGGCAAUGCGACUGUGCGGCGAAGCAUGGAGGCCCAGGGCAAGAUGGCCAUGGAGACAAUUGAGAGAAAAACGAAUAGCGUCGUCAAGAGCUCGGUGGACGUUGUGAUCAACUGGGUGACUAGGACACUAGCAACACAGCGCAAGACAGAUUUCCGCCCCAAGGACGCAGAGCUUGAGCUUAUUGCAGAACUGUUGCAGACGCCAACAUGCCAGACGAUCUGCAGCUUCCUCAAGCGGGUCUCUAUCCUCUCAACGCAGGCCAUUGAUGGUCACAACCUGGAGAUCUUCAGCAGCGAGCUGGCGUUGGCGAUACACAAGCUGCUCUUGGAGCACUUCAAGAAGUUCUCCGUCAACGCGACUGGUGGGUUGAUGGUGACUAAGGACCUCAACAAGUACAUCUCGACGUUGAAGGAGUGGCCCCUCACCAAGGAAGUCCAGGGGAUAUUAGAUCUCCUUCCGGAGAUUGGGUACCUGUUCAUCAUCGGUCCAGAGGCGCUGAAAGAGAAGAGCCGGAACUUAGGAUCGGGUUCAGCUGCGACGGGCAAGAAGCUGACCAAGGCGGACUUCAAGGCCAUCGUGCAAAAGAGAGAGGACUCGAGCAGUGUGGGUAUCCAGAGUGUGCUCAAUGGGUUGUAA